CUCGUCACGUGACGGGGGGCGGUGCUGGGCCGCCGGAGCCCCAAAUCUUUGGUCCCUCUCCAAAUCCUCGGGACCCCCCCCCCAAAAACAAUCCUUGAAGACCCCCCCCCCCCCCCCCCCCAGAAACCCCAGGAGUAAAGGAGAGGGGGGAAGAGAAUAGGAAAAGGGUGAUUCUGGGGGUUCUCUGUACCCCCCCCCCUUUUAAGUACAAGGCUCCCGCCAAAGGAUUUGGGGACCCCCCCCCUCAUAAAAAGGGGUUGGGACCCCCCCCCCCUUCCCACCCCCCCCUCCCUUCAGUGCUGCCGCCAUGGAGGAAGUGGACAAAAUCCUGAUCCAUUCGCUGCGGCAAGUGGGGACGCCGGUGCCCCCCGAGGUGCAGAGCGUGCGGGAGCUGAGCGCAGAGCUGGUGGUGGAGGCGGCCGUGCGGUGCCUGCGGGCGGUUCGCCCCGCAUUGGGGGGGGCUCUGAGCCCCCACCUCCCCCCCGGCAUCUCCGCACGCUUCCGGCUCGCCUCCGACCUCGCCGCUGCGUGUCAGGUGCACAAACACCCCCCCAAACCCCCCCACAGGACCCCACUUCAUAGCUUCUAUCCCCCCCCCCCCCCCCCCGCCACCCUCAGAGACCCCCCAACCCCCCCUCAGGACCCCCCUUCAUAG